CGACACUCGGCAUCAGUGUGUAUAGGGCCUCAAAAAGAAACAUUGUACAGCAUGACAAAAUUGCUUGUAUUUGCUGGCUUGUGCUGCCUCUUAGGAGCUGGACUGGCUUCUUUCCAACGUCAAACAAAACUGAUUCAGGGCAACUUUGUGCCACGCAAUUCGUCAGCAGAUAGAGGUCGUUGCGAAGGUCAAACAGAUGGAACUCUAUUCCCCUCUAGUAAUUGCUCGAAUUUUGUCAGUUGCGAGGGGGGUAGAGAAGUAGAAACGGGUUGCCUACCGGAAGGUACCAUGUACGACUACGAACGCGAGGUGUGUGAUCAUCCCGAGUUUGUGACCUGCUGGACGGAAGAAAAUCGCUGUACUGGUCGAGAAAAUGGAACUCUCAUCCCUGCCACGAACUGCUCCAACUUCAUCAUCUGCAUGAACGAACUAGAAAACGAGGAAGUUACCUGUGCACCGGCUGGAACACUAUUUGAUUACCAGCGAGAAGUCUGUGACCAUCCAGAAAACGUGCAGUGUUAUGAAGGAGGCGCCUGUGCUGGUAGGCCCGAUGGCUCUCUUGCGCCUUCCCGGAAUUGUAGCAAUUUCUUCCGUUGUGAAAAUGAAGACAUUGCCGAAGAAAUCACAUGCCAGCCUCAAGGAACAUUAUUCGACUGGCAGCGGGAAGUGUGCGAUCAUCCAGAGAACGUGGAAUGUGCUGAAUCGGGUCCAACAGGAAACAGUACUGAUGCGCCUCCGAUGCCGACUUCUGAACCUACUCGUCCUCCACUAGACCCAGAUGUUCCCACGGAUCUCUGCCGUGGUGUUACCGUAGGGAUGAUAGAGCAUCCCACCGACUGUACACGUUACGUCAUCUGUGUGUUAGGUCAACCUAAUGUCCAACAGUGUCCAGACAAUACCAUCUUUAUUGCGGAACUUGCAACUUGCGGAUUCGGCGAUACAGAGACCUGCGCCGCUAGCCAAAUUUGGAUUGACUCCUACCGACGAGCUACUUCAUACGUUCGCUAAACAACUUCAUCAUAAUAUCUAUGUGUUUAAAGGGAAUAAAACAAUAACAAAUUUAA